CUGUCAAUCCCGAGCGGAUUGUUUGUUGUCAAAAUGGAGUUCUUACUUGGAAAUCCGUACAGCACUCCCGUGGGCCAAUGUAUAGAGAGAGCCACAGAUGGAGGCCUACAGAAUGAGGACUGGACCAUCAACAUGGAGAUCUGCGAUAUCAUAAACGAGACAGAUGAGGGGCCAAAAGACGCCAUGCGGGCACUAAAGAAGAGACUUGGUGGCAACAAGAACUACAGAGAAGUGAUGCUGGCGCUAACGGUAUUGGAGACAUGUGUGAAGAACUGCGGUCACAGGUUUCAUGUGCAGGUGGCCAGCAGAGAUUUCAUCGAUGGUGUGUUGGUCAAAGUGAUAUCCCCCAAAACCAAUCCUCCAACCAUCGUACAGGACAAAGUGCUGGCGCUCAUACAGGCCUGGGCUGAUGCCUUCAGGAGUUGCCCUGAUCUAACUGGUGUGGUCCACAUUUAUGAGGAACUGAAGAGGAAAGGCAUUGAGUUCCCCAUGGCAGACCUGGAUGCAUUGUCUCCCAUCCACACACCACAGAGGGGAACACCAGAGGUGGACCCAGCCAUGCUCAAGUACCUAACCCCUGUCUCACCUGCCGUCGUGACUCCUAAACCUUCCCCGACCCCGACCCCGACCCCGACCCCGACUCCUGCCUCCACCAUGCAGGCCGCCCACAUGCCCAGCCCCAUCACAGCAACCCCUGAUCAGAUCGCCCGGCUGCGCAGUGAGCUGGACGUAGUGAGAGGAAACACCAAAGUCAUGUCGGAGAUGCUCACAGAGAUGGUGCCGGGGCAGGAAGAUGCCUCUGAUCUAGAACUGCUUCAGGAGCUGAACAGAACAUGCAGGGCUAUGCAGCAGAGGGUGGUCGAGCUGAUUUCACGCGUCUCUAACGAAGAAGUGACUGAGGAGCUGCUACAUGUCAAUGACGACCUCAACAACAUUUUCCUCCGAUAUGAGAGGUACGAGAGGUACAGGUUGGGCAGAGCCGCACAGAACAACGGGAUGUUGAAUGAGGCCACAGAGGACAACCUGAUAGACCUGGGCCCGGGCUCCCCUGCUGUGGUGACGCCCAGGAACAGCUCCAGCCCUACAACACACUCCACCGCCGGGGCCACUGCCUCCCCAGCCCAUAACCCCGCUACAGCCUCGCUAUCAUCUGCACUAGCGGGUAUUGAUGUAGCUUCAGACAGCGUGAGCGGUACCCUGUCCUCUCUACCAGGCCACAACAAGGAUGACUUUGACAUGUUUGCCCAGACCAGGACCAGCUCUCUGGCUGAGCAGCGCAAAAAUGUAAAGUACGAGGACCCUCAGGCUCUGGGCGGCCUGGCCUCGGCUUUGGAUGUGAGACAACAGAACGCAGGAGGGCCGAGUGUAAAAGGGGAUGAUAACCCAGCAGAUCAGGAGCUGCCCAUAGACAGCUGGCUUAUUACCCAAGGAAUGAUCCCCGUAUCGCAGUCCUCUGUCAUGGAUGACAUAGAGGAAUGGCUCUGUGCUGACGUGAAAGGGGAUGCAGCCGAGGAAGGGGUGACCAGUGAAGAAUUUGAUAAGUUCCUAGAGGAGCGAGCAAAGUCAUCAGAUUCUCUGCCAUCUCCCCCCGGAGCUAACCCUGCUCACCCUGCUCACCCUGCUCGUGCCCCUGAUGGCUCCCACAAGAAGGCCGAGCGGACGGAGGAUGCCCUCUUUGCCUUGUAGACUGUUUUCAGAGAACCUAAACCUCUCUCUAGGGGCAUCUAAAGGUCCUCACCCUAAAUGAUUCCUCCCAAACAGUCCCAUUUCAUUGCUGACUGGCAGUGGUGUAGCAAGUGAUCUCCACCUCCUUGUCAUUCUCUCGCCACAGUGUUGCUCCAACAUGCGGAGGUCCGGCACGUUUACUGCGUACAGCUGUGUUGCGCUUGACUAUAUAUGGAUGUAUUAAUCUGUUAGUGUGGGAUGUAUUACUCGCAGCCCCGCAUCUCAUUUGUAACGCUCCACCAAAGGAAGACAACCUAACUUGUCUGAUGUGGUUUAAAAAUGUGGUAUAUUACUGCGAAAUGAAUGGGAAAGAUGUUCACUGCAGGUCCAUGCAUUGAGUCAAUAUGGAAGCAUACAAUUAGGAUUAUACUGUGUUGCUUUAACAUUCAGCUAAUUGCUAAUUCGUGCAUUUAUUGUUUUAAAGGUUUGUUCGAUACUAUUUACUACUAGUGCUGUGGUUAUGGUCAGUCCAUGCAUUUGUUUUCUCCACAAAUACUCCAGUUACAGCUCUAGUCAUGCUUUUAAUACUGAGUUAUGUGUGGAUGGCAACAUGUGUUGUUAUUAUUACCUGAAGCAGUGCGGACAAAAGAUUUAUGUUAGCAGGCUAGGAAUACAAUAGCUAAAUCCUAGCUCCUCUUGUUGAGUGUAUGACAGCAGUCCUUUAACCAAAGGGAAUAAAGAACAACAAAUCUAAAAAGCACUAGUUAGGAUUCUCUGUUAUGUAUUUUAAAUGGGUAUGGUAAAGGAACAAGCCCAUGGAAUAUUUCUAAUCAGUCUUUUCAGUCCUCUGAAAAGCUACGAUGAAAGAAUUAGCUGCUCUUGAACAAUUGGAAACACUUUUAGCCAUUCCAAAGAAUAUUAAGGCUUUAAUGACCAACUAGCACUGAAUUUAGCCUGUCGAACAAUAAUCAUGUUCAUGUGUUAUAAAUGUUAAGGGAUUAUGAACAGUUUCCUUCCCCUGCUAUAUUAAUGUCUGCACUUUGAAGCAAAAAAAAAUCUGUAUUUUGUCCGUUGUGUUUACAAGAUGGCUACUAUUUUUGUAGGGGAUGGGAAAUGGUCUUUAGAUUGACUUCAUUUUGCACAUAACUUUUGUAACUGUAAUUUCAGCGCUUGUUCACGUAGAAGCGGAUCAAUGGACAGUUAAACUUAUGAUUGCAAAAACAACAUUAGAAAAUAAUAUGCAGAUGCAAGACACAAUACGGCAUUUAAAUUAUCAGCAUAACUUACUGCUGGCACCAUAAUCAACUAACAGACAGAACGUAUAGCUUACAAACAUGCACUAUUGUUAAGGAUGUAUUCAUAUUGGUAGAUCUUCAUUUACUCGAAACUAUGUAAUAUAUAUAUACCUCAAAAUACAGGAAUUUUAGUUUCUGUAUCUGGUUAGAAAUGUAUUGGCUCAUACUAAUAUCCAGAAGGCAGAGAGGUUUAUGUAUCAUUUCAUCCCCUGAUUGUAUUUUUUAUAAUUCAUGUGAAAAAGAAAAAAAACAUGUUCGGGUCCUUCAUCAUUUAUCUUUUUGUGGUUGUGACUGAAGCUUGCAGCAAACAAAUGCAAUUGUACUUUCUUUGAUUUGUGCAGUCAAAGACAAACUUUCAUUCUUGAUGUAUUUUCAUUCUAGUGUGAUUCAUCUGCUCCUGUUGGAGCUGCUGCCGAGCAUUUCUGUGAUUGACUGAUUUCAGCAAAGUAGCUCUGACUGGAGUUUGUCUUUGAUGUACUUAAGAUCACACUUUUGAGGCAAAAAGCAAUCCUGUCUUCAUUCCAGCGCUUUUGCCGAGAAUGGUUUGUUUUAACGUUUCUCUGCUCUUGAAAGUUUUUUUUUUUAAGUUUUUUUUUUUUUUACCCCUAUUUAAGACCAAAGCCUUGUCAAUCAAGGCAUCCCAAGUUGUAAAAGCCAAAAUUGCAUCAACAUUACUUACGUACAAGCCUUCCACUUGAGGGAAAUAUUAAUUAAUUUGUCAUACUUGGUUAACAUAAAUGUAAUGGUGACAUUGCAAAAAAAAAAAAUGUGUUUGCAAAAACAUUAUGAUUAAAUAUUUAAAUGUUUUUUAGUUGAGGAUUAAUGAUUAAUGAGAUUUAACUUUUUCUUCAAUGCUGUAUGGUUACAUAUGGUUAUAUAGGUUUAAUAUGGUUGCCAGUUAUCUGAGAUAAUAGCGUUACAUUUACAAUCGACCAUUGUGUUCACUUUGAAAAACUUUUACCAUGCAGGCUAAACAAAGAGUAUUAAUAAAAAUGUACCAGAAGAUCCUUUGAAAGGGAACUUAAGUAUUUGUGUUUGUAUGUUAAGUGUCUCUGGAUCUGUUACAGAGUGUUUUGUUUUACUUGCUUUUAUGAAGCUUAAGUCCUGAUUGCAACAUGUAUUCCUCUGUUUUUUUGGCUAUCUAAAAAUGGUUACUGAAUGUCUUUUAAUACUGAUGAGGCAGAACAUUUAGCUGAUGUUUUGUGUACAUGGAAGACAGGCUUGUUUUUUGUUGGUAGGUGUCUCCAUGUCUGUGUGGCUGUGCUGUCUGCUGCCAUUACCAAUGGUCAGAUUUUGUUAAUGCACGUAUGUAACUGCCCAAUAAAACACUAGCAAUGUGUGACCUCUA